GGCAGGGAGGCAGGGAGCUCGCCGGCUCGGAAAUGAUGUGAUAUGGGGAAAGUGUGCCCUGGGGUAUUGGGAGUGGGUGAGGGGUUGGGCUGAUCAUGUUGUCACAGGGACAAAAGGGGGACUUGGCUCGCUUCUAUACCGUCACUGACCCCAAGAGGCACAGGCAAGGCUACACCGUGUACAAAGUGACGGCGCGGGUCGUUUCAAGGAGAACUCCUGAGGAGGUCCAAGAGAUAGUAGUUUGGAAACGUUACAAUGAUUUUAAGAAACUUCACAAAGAGUUCUGGCAGCUUCAUAAAACUUUAUACAGGCAUCCAGAAUUAUUUCCACCUUUUGCUAAAGGAAAAGUUUUUGGUCGUUUUGACAAGUCUGUGAUUGAAGAGAGAAGACAGUGCGCUGAAGAUCUUUUGCAGUUCUCAGCUAAUGUUCCAGCCUUGUAUAAUAGUAAACAGCUUGAAGAUUUCUUUAAGGAUGGCGAAGUUCACGAUGGUUCAGAACUCAUUGGUCCAGUAGAUCCCUCAUCGGAGUCGCUGAAUGAUAGUCUGUCGGAUGGCAGUUCUGAAGCCCGGAGAGACUUCUUCGAUGACGUCACUCUUAGUAGUCAAUCAGAAUGUGGUGAACAAGAACAACCAGGGUUGUCCAGCGACAGUGAUAUUUUGUCACUGACAGUGGAUGUGGAUUCUCUCACCGAAUGUGAUGAUGGAAUGGCAUCAAAUCGAAGCUCUCCAACCAGAUAUAGGAAACCUAACGGCUCCCCCGAACCUAGUGCGAGACCUCGUCAGGACAUGAGCAAAGAUGGAGCAGACGGAAACAAAGUCUCAUGGUCACAACCAUUUGGAAGUCUGAAGCAGAGAACUGGGAGAGGUGACUACUUGGUAAAGGCUGGGGAGCAGAUAAAGCUGGCUUUGCAAAAGGAGGCAGAACAGGAUUAUGAAAGUGCCUUCAAUUUCUACCGGAUUGGAGUUGAUUUUUUGCUUCGAGGAGUUCAAGGUGAAUCAAGUCCGAGUCGCCGAGAAGCAGUGAAAAAGAAGACUGCAGAGUAUCUAAUGCGUGCAGAACAGAUCUCUACUCGAUGUCUCAGGACACCCGUGGAUGGUGGUUCCCUUCAGUCAUGGCCUCCAGGACCGCUAAGUUCAAGGCCUGCUUGGAACCUGAGGAGUCCUGCAGAGGAACUGAAGGCCUUCAGAGUCCUUGGGGUGAUUGACAAGGUUUUGCUCGUGUUGGAUUCCAGAACACAGGAAACCUUCAUUUUAAAAAGUCUAAGGAAAAGCAGCGAGGGCAACAGGAACAAAAAAACCAUCAUUCCCCACAGUGUGCCUAACAUGGUACAACUGAAGAAGCAAAUAGUUUCUGAAGACACCAUCUUUCUUUUGCUGCAGCAUGCAGAAGGGGGUAAACUGUGGUCAUACGUUUGCAAGUUCCUCCAGAAAAUGUCUGAUGAUGAAAGCUUUAAAUCAUCUGGUCCAGACGAACGUGGCUCCAGAACACUUGCUGUGCACGAUGACUUUACUGUGGACCAAUUGAACACUGAAGGCUUGGGUAGUAGUGUUGGCUCUGGGGCAAGCGAUCUUGGAAAUGUGCUUCAGGACCAGCCUAUGAAUAACAAUCUGACUUCAAGUUCACAAGAUGACAGCAGUGCACCAGAUGAAGAUACUCAGGACAGCUCACAUGAACUGUUAGGAUCACCCUCGUCAGAUUCUGAAGCAGAUGAUGAAGAAUGCACCAGUAGCUAUCUUACAUUGUGCCAUGAAUAUGAACAAGAAAAAAAAGAGCCUGACAGUCUAUCGUCUGAAACUUUUCCAACAGUCUGUGAAGAUGCACCUGGCAGUUCUGCCGACACAGGAAUGACCAAAAGAUCACAUUCCCUUCUCAGUAAUGACAGUCUUUGUUCCCCUACCACAAUCCAAGAGCUUCGAUUUUUCACCGAAGAUAUUCACCCAGAUGCUUUUAGCCCUGCAAAGGCCUCGGAUUCACUAAAUCUGUCUAAAAAUAGCCCAAUGGAAUUUUUCAGAAUUGAUAGCAAGGAUAGUACAAACGAAUUGGCCAGCCUUGAACUGGGAGAUAAACUCAAACCUGAAAAAGUUGAGUCUGCACUGAAUUUUAAUCUGGUACCUGAAACAGAUAAUACGAGUAACUUUGAUGCAAGUGACAUUAAACUGGACUCCACUGCCAUUUUAGCUCCAGAUGACUACAGCAGGGAAUCCUCCAAUGAUUCUGUACCAGUUAUUUCCUUCCAGGAUGCAGCAGGUGGAGAUACAAGCAGCUGUGAGGAGGGUAGACCUGAUUUGUUAGUGAAUUUACCAGGUGUAUCGCAGGAUGGUGAGGCAGCUGGAGAGUUCUUUCCUGAUAAAUGCAGCGUGACCAACACUGAUAAUUCAGAGAAUAGGCUAUAUGAGAAACCUGACGUCUUACAAAUUAAUUACAAUAUCGAUCAAUGCACGAAUUCUCAAGGGACACAGGGACUGACUUUACAAGGUGAAGACUCCUCUAGUGAUGGAAACAUAAAUAAAGUAUUUGGGCAUCAGUUGGAACCUUCUGAGAAUAGAAAGGAUGUUGAUCUCAAUGAACAGCUCGGUACCAGCAAGCAUGUUGAGAAAGAAGCAGAAUUUAAUUCCAUGCUGCCCAUCACCAAAACUGAAAAUACUUUGUCAUUUGUCAGUGUUGAAUCUUGUAGCACUUUAGACUUGACACACAGCAUUCAAAAUGCAAGCCCUAUACCUCAAUUAAGUGAUCCAAUUAGUCAUUAUCAAACUGUUUCAGGCGAAGAUUAUUCUGAUCACAAAGAACUUGCACGAACAAUGAAAGAAAUUGCAGACAAGAAUGAAGAUUCAGAUGAAGAGCGAGCAUUUGGAGAACACCUGGGCACCUGUGAUCAAGGAAGACAGGACUGUGCCUCAGAGUUCACAAGUGAAAAGACUGCAGCGGAAAGACUUAUUGUCACCAGGGAAAAUGGCAAUAAGUUAGUCUCACACAUGUUUAAAGAGCUGGAAGAAAGUUUAGUGCGAGCUUCCAAUGCUCGUAUUCCAGAGAGUUGUAUUCAGCAUUGGGCAGCAGAGAUGGUUGGCGCCCUUGAUGCACUUCAUCGAGAAGGAAUCGUAUGCCAUGAUUUGAACCCAAACAACAUCUUGCUGGAUGAUAAAGGACACAUUCAACUAACAUAUUUUAGCAGAUGGAGUGAGGUUGUCGAUUCCUAUGACAGCAGUGCCAUAGAGAAAAUGUACUGCGCCCCAGAGGUUGGAGGCAUCGCAGAAGAAACUGAUGCUUGUGACUGGUGGAGUUUAGGUGCAAUUUUAUUUGAACUCUUGACUGGGAAACCUCUGUUUCAGUGCCAUCCAGCUGGAAUAAAUACACACACAGCUCUAAACCUGCCAGAUCACAUAUCAGAGGAAGCUAGAUCAGUCGUGCAGCAGCUUUUGCAGUUUAAUCCCAGCGAGAGACUUGGUGCUGGCGUGUCAGGUGUUGAAGACAUCAAAUCACACCCAUUCUUCCAAACUGUGGACUGGUCUCAGAGUAACAUAGUAAAGAACUAAAGCCAAGGAGGAGACUACGGCGUUUACUGCACUAACCAGGAUUGUACUUGGGAGGUCAAUAUUACCACCGGCCGAAUCCCAGGCCUUCAACCACCAAGGACAUGAACUGUUGGGCAAGAUGGAGCAACUGAAUUUUUGUGGGAUUAUUUCAUUAUAUUUGCGUCUAUUACAAAUGCCUGAGGUGCUGUAUUUUAGAUCAUGCUGCAGAAUCUGCAAUGAUUAUAUUUUGUGAAUAACUAUGUAUAAAAUAGGCAGGUACAGCCAGACUGGAAUAAAGAUGUACACAAUUCCUAUUUAUUUAUAGAACAUAGUUGGUGGUGCUGUAACAUAUUGAAUUUAGCCUGUCCUUAAUGAGGGUAACUUCUGCUGAUCAUUGUUACUAAUUACUAUUCUUAUUACACGAACCAAUGAAUUGCAGCAGGGUAUAGAUUGGAACCAAGUAAAUAAAAUGGUUUACAAAUUAA